CCUUGUUCCCGGGUCCGAGCCUCUGCGUCGGUCUCCCUUCGUUCUGAUGUUGGCGGGUAGCGGCGGCGGCGGCGGCGGCGAGGAGCGGCGGCUCGCCCCGCAUCAUCGGUAAUCCCGAGGGGAGUCAUCCGCAUCCGAAGGUAUUGUGUCGUAUCUUGGCGCCGUAAAAAUGGCGGAAAGAAACAAGGUAACGACCCCGGCUUCCCGGCCCGUCCCCAUGAAGCUCUUCGCUACGUGGGAAGUCGAUCGCACGCCGCCCAACUGCAUACCGAGACUUUGUUCAUUGACGCUGAGUCGGUUGGUUCUUCUGAGACCGUUGGGUGCCGAUCUGGCGUCGAUCAGUCUAGCUGUUAAAAUGCAGAGUUCAAAAAGAACGCUGAGAUCGAACGAGAUAGCUGUACCAGCCGCCGGUAUGCUGGACACCGAACUGGAACUUCAGUUCGCCCUUCAGUACCCCCACUUUCUUAAAAGGGACGGAAACAAGCUUUUGAUACUUUUGCAAAGACGUAAGAGGUACAAGAACAGAACAAUGCUUGGUUAUAAAACCCUUGCUGAAGGAGUCAUCAACAUGGCACAGGUUCUGCAGAAGCAGAUGGACCUCGAGCUCGAGCUCAUUUCUGACAAGUCGGAAAAGUAUGGCGGUCAUUCCGUCGUUCUAGCCAAGGUUAGCGUCGUCGCGUUGAGUUCGCAGCCCGUGGAUCACGACAAGAGGCUUUUGAACGAUCCCAGCGAAAGACUGGGUACUGAAUUCAGCGACGACGAGGAAGAGUUCAGUUCCGAAGGAGAGGCUGAAGGCAGCGACAGCGAACCCACACUGGAAGUACACAGAAGAAAGAGUAGAGCAAAAAUACCCGCCAACGCCAGGCAAAGAAACUUGAAGCAGAAAUUCAUUGCGCUACUGAAAAGGUUUAGAGUUUCCGAGGAACUGGAACACGACCAAGAAGAGAUCGGGCAAAAACUUUCAGGCGGCGACAUGGAAAUCGAGGAGUUGUUUGACGAGCUGGAAGAUUUGUCUGACAGCGGACCAGAACUAGACACAAUGUCCGUCAGCAGCACGCCAAAGCCGUCAUUGAGACCGUUCUUCAGCUCUAGUCGAUCUCUUUUGGCGCCGACGCACACAGUAGUAACCGGCGAGGAAAUCGGUACCAACUCCGCUAACGCCGUAGCUCAACCUCAUUCCUGUCUGGCUACCAAAGAGAAGAAUCGUAUCGGACACACUACCCCAGAACGCGGGGUGGACCGACUCAGCGACGACAGUUCGAGGAGGGCAGACAGCGAUUCGCAUCCAGAAAACUGGACGGAUCACGAAGCUAACGAUGCGCCACAGGCGGUUGCCGGAUCACCGCCAAAAUCCAGCUCGGAUCAUCCCAACAAAAGUGACGGCGCCGACAGAAGAAGCAGACUUUUUGCCAGGGAUCGGGGAACGCCGGGAAGCAACAAGUCCAAGAAACACAGUCUCAGCGUCGACCUCAAACCAGCUACCGAUAUGAACAACGCCGAGCCGAGAAAGGCCCUCGUCGAACAAUUGGGUCGAGUUCUGCCCGACGAUAGUCUUCCAGAGUCCGUGUCUCUCGUUUCUCUCGCCGAUCCAGGUGGCGCGGUUCUGGCCGCUCGACUCCAGGAGCGAAAUCAGCGCGUUCUGACCACCGCGUCACCAGCCGACAUCAGGGCGACGUUCACCUGUCUCGUUGCUCGCAUUCAAAAAUUCUGCAACAGCUCUGCUAAACCGCCGGCUCCCAUUAAGGUGGUUAUAGCGGGCGGAGACAGUUUCGUCAACGCUGUGCUUCGCCAUUACGUCGAUCUCCUCAGCUUCAGGCCACCCGACUGGCAAAAUUACCUGAGAUUCCUCGUCGUUCCCCUCGGCUCCAACACUCUAGCGAGGUAUCUCUGCUCCGUCGAUUCAAGGUACUCGAUGCUCUUUGGCGAGGAGUGGAAAGAAAUCAUGGAACGCGAGGGCGGAGGCGCCACCGAAGGCGCUGCAAGGGUCACGGAAUAUUUGGCCACCUGUGGACCGCUCCUAUCUCUUCCCAUUGCCGAGGCGAUGGUGACUUACAGGGAGACCGACGACAGUAGCCAGAUAUUCAUACCCUUUGUGAACGACGUUCGAGUCGGCUGUCCAGACAGCAGCGCGUCGGCCUCCGUCGACCUGGAAGAGGCGAUGGCUGUGUCCGGUUCUCCGCCUUCCCUGCCUCCCCCGAGUCUGCCAGUUCCACCUCCCAGCCGACUGACUCCUCCGAGUAGCCCAAACGUUGGCCAGCCGAGGGACGGCUGGGAGCCGGUCGAGCUGCAACUGGACUAUUGGGGAAAACAAACUAUAGGAGAUAAGGGGAAAAUCACGCUGAGGCAGGCGUUCAGAGCGCUUCACGUCCAGAGGCUACCACCGCUCGGCGAAAACCCUGGACAUCAUAUGUCGAUGAAUUACACGACAAAGGAGAAGAAGCAGAAAAUAAUGAGACUGGGAAAGAAGAAGGAGAAGGAAAAGGAAAAUGAGCCAAAAAGUCAGACUGUCGACGGUGUGGCGAGACUGAUAUGCUCGGCAAAAACCCACAACAUUCCAUUGAAAGUCAGUAUAGACGGCACCGAAUGGUACGGCGUAAAAUUCUUUCAGCUGUCGGCGCAGUGGCAGACGCAUAUCAAGACGUUCCCCGUAUCGUUAUUGGCCUACAACGUACAGCAACAGUCCCUAAAUAUCACCUAAACCUUGCAAUUGACACGAGUAAAGUUCGACUUUGACAUGUGCAGCUUACAGUGAUUUCAGCCCUGAUCGGCCACGUACUACUGAUUUCCUUUUUUCUGCAUUACCGGUAUUUAGUGUAUAUAUAAUGCAUUACGUUUAUUGUGUUUUUUUUUUUUUUUUUUUCUGUUGUCUUUAGUUUCUUCAGUUUUAUUUCAUCUCAUACAUGUUUUAUAUAUUUUAUCCUCUUAUGAGAAUUAAGAUCCUACAAACGGAGUAGGAUUACGAUUUAAUAGGUAAUCGGGUGUAAGUAGUAGUAGUAGUAGUAUCGAAUUCUUAUUCCAAAUCGAUUAUUAUUCUUCCGUACUUAUGCCUGCGAUACGCCAAAUCAUAUCCGUCGAGUU